GACUAUUGUAACUCUUUACUUGCAAUGAUAUCACAACACUGCAAUAUGAGGACAGGCUCCGAUGACCGCCGCCCGUCUCCAUCCCUGGGCAACGCACGGGUGUAACUGGGGCAAAAGCCAGGCAUGGGGAUUAAAAGAAGAAGGAAGGAUGCAUGCUGAGCCCCUCAUCCCUCUGCAACCAACGCCGGCCUCUGACUAAAGCAAGACAGAAGAUGGCUCAGUCCGUGAGGAGGCAGGAGACUCCAGGAGCCAUGGACCACGAGUCCCAGAGGGACAAGACCAGGACCGGCUACUUCGGCAACGUCAAGACCAGGCUGGGUUCCAAGCUUCCUCCCGGCGUCUCUCAGCCUCCGCAGUUUGCGAAGCGGCCGUGGGAGACUCCCCCCGGCGUCCAGCGUCCGCGCCACGCCGCCGAGAGCCGACCCCUGGACCACACGCCGCACAUCCGAAACCCCAAACUACGGCAGUACUACCUGCAAGGGACUCCAUGGGACCUGAACAAUACUGCAGUGAAGCAAGAGCAUUCGAGUGGACCAUCAGGUGACAGCACAAGCAGCAGGGGUCUCAGUGGGGACACGGUAUUCAGCGUCUCAUCUCAGUUCAGUAGCCAUAGUCCCUCUUCAGGGGGAGACGGGAAUAUUGCUCCCUCCAAUUGCUCUUCAGAUUCACCCUCCUCUUCUGCCCCCCGCCCUCCUAGAAAGCAGCUGGUCGUCCCGAAGGGAAAAAGCCCCUCCGCUGGUCCAGUAUCGUCUCAACAAGGACUGGACUGUAAAGCUAAACGACAGGCGGAUCCAGAGUCUUUGGAAACACUCGCUGCUCAAACUCAGCCUCCCUCACCAGAAGCAGAAUAUGACAAACUACUGGAUGUGGAGGCGGUCCCGAUGCCUGACGGACAGCUCUGCCUUUUGGCUCUGCCCCCUGAGUGCUGCCAGGGGGAGGGACCGGGGUCCAUGCGGUACCUCAAACUGUUCUGCCGCUACAUCACGGACAGAAAGGGGGUAGUCUCGGGGAUCUUAUUGGUGACGUCCAACAAGAUCUUUUUCGACCCGUGUAAGACGCAUGCUCUUGUGAAGGAACAUGGGUGUGAGGAAUACCUCCUCUCCUGCUCUGUGGACAGUCUGGCAUCCGUCGCCUUCUUCUCGGACAUCUCACACGUUCGAUUCAACACGUCCCAGCAGAGGAAAAAAGGCAAAAAAAAUGUCCAGAAUUUGAACACCGCCAAAAGACCAGCAGGCGGCUUCCCGAACCCGAAGGGGGAGUCGCUCCCAGCUCGGGUGUCUGUGGCUUCAUCAGAUCUGUCCCAUCUGGCUCUCUGCCGGACCAAAGAGGUCUGUGGGGAGAAGGAGAAGGAGGCCGAGAGCGUGGACGUGUCGGCGGCUGAGGUGGAGCUCGAUAGCGGCCCUCCGGAGGUGCUGCCAGAGGCGUCUGCCGGCGACUUGGGAGCGUCAGCCCCGAGCGGCGCUGCGACCUCCUCUUUUGGCGAUCGAGAGGCGGAGACGUCGUCUGGGAAGAGUUGGACUGCAGUGCCUUGGAGUUCGUCAGCUGGAAACGCCGGGGGUCUGAUGUUUUUGCGGCUGCGGGUUCAGCCGUCUGUGGGAAAGACAAAGGGGGCUGGGGGCCUUCAGAUGGGGGCGUCAAAACCGAUCCAUAGAAAAGAUGCCUGGCUCGCGCUUUCACAGGAGAGCUCUAACGAGCUGUGCGCCUACCUCACCCACUGUCGACCAGAUUUGUGUAUACUGGAGGGAGGAGAGGACGAGAGGGAGGCGGACCGGGACGAAGAGGAGUUUGUAGUCAUUGAGGACGAAGAGGAGGAAGAGGACGCGGAGGUGUUCCAGAGGCACCGCGGCUCAGGGGACGACUGGGAGAUGGUGUUAAUGGAGGAGAGUGGGGACAAACCAGGCCUGGUCAUCGACAGGGAACCAGAUGGACUCAAUGAUAUCGUACAGAGCAGCCGUAUUUUAGAGGCUUCGCAUGUCAGAGAGCUGUGUAAGGAGCUUCCAGCGAGGACGGUCGGCUACAGCUGGCAGCUGACCUACAGUACGUCCCGUCACGGCGCCAGCCUCAAGUCCCUCUACAGGAGACUCGGCGCCACGGACUCCCCUGUGCUCGUUGUUAUCAAGGACGCUCUAGAUGAGACAUUCGGGGCCUUCCUCUCUCACCCCCUGAGGCUCAGUGAGACGUUCUACGGCACAGGAGAAACGUUCCUCUUCAUGUUGCAUCCUCGAUUCAAGUGCUUCAAAUGGACCGGAGACAACUCCUUUUUUAUUAAAGGCGACUUGGACUCCUUCGCUAUUGGCGGAGGCAGCGGUCACUUUGGUCUCUGGGUGGAUGAGAAUCUGUACCUGGGUCGCAGCAACCCCUGUUACACUUUCAACAACUGUUGCCUCUCGGAAACCAACGACUUCCGAGUCAUGGAGCUGGAGGUGUGGACGUUCACCUGAAAAGGUCGCCGGGUUUCCCCCUCGACUCCCAUCGCUGCCUGCUUCGUCGAGACCGCAUCACACAGAUGCAGCCGUGUGCUCAUUUCAUGAACUGCUGAAUUUAUCCGUGUGAUUUAGUCCUGAGGAGGAACUGAACUGACCAGGCAAUGCGAUCUCGCUCAGUGUGGAGGUUUAAUGUCUGAUGGUUUCAUGGUUGACUCAUUCAUUUUGGUUUGGCAGAAAAGCUGUGAACUCUGUACUGAAUUGGAUUCUUUUGAGUCCCGGAAUUAAGUCUCACACACUGCACUUUGUUCUUGACGUGAAUCAGUAACUUCGUGAUAUCUUUAACAUUUGGCAUGUGAAUAUGACGCCAAGCCUAAAGCCUUCAUAUAGCUGUGCUUAGUUAAAGCUCAAAGUUCACAAAGCGUAUUUAUCUUCUUGUGAAUAGAUUUAUCUGGUGAAAACUACACAAGCACCUGUCAUUGCACACCGAUCAUUUUUAUGGGUUUUCAUUUACUGCCAUAGAUGGCAGAAAUGAAUAUUGGAAAUAAUCACGUGCAAACACUUGGCAUUCCACUUAAAGAAAAGCUUUUCAAUUGAAUGAAACGGCUGCACUUACAAUGAACGCUUUUCAUUUGAAGUGCUGACUCAACUGUAUCCGUGCCAGAACAAAACAAAUCACGCUUACAUUGUAUUAUAGUUCAUAAAAGCAGCAAGUGAACCUUUAAACAGUUAAUUGUGUAGCACAUGUCAAAGACCAUUCAUUUUGUACAAAACAUUUUAAUUUUUAAAAAAAUGGCACUGGUAGUUUACAGAAUAACUUUCCUCCCUAAAGGCUUCAAUGUGUAAGAGGAUCUAUGACCAUUCACACACAUCAAGUUUUGCGGUUUCUGUUUAACAUUACUUCUGUUGAUCCCUGUGCUUAGGAUCUGUAGAGGAAACGUUUGUAUGUAUGAAUCAAAAGAAAGACAUAAAAUAGCUUAUACUAGA